AUGGUGGCUAAAAAGAGUCGCUUGCUGACAGCAGCUUUUCCGUAUCUCCAAAUCUUUUCCAUAUUUGCAUUAACACCACCACCCCAAAGUUUUGGUAAAACCUCGUACAAUCGAUUGAGAUGGUACUUAAUGGCAGGAUACUUCUGCUAUGCAGCUGCGAUGCUUGCAUUAGUGUUUACCGUGACCUACAUAAAUAUAAUGGCUAUAAACGAGGAAGUUUUGGACUACAAUGUGGCAGAUUUUACCAGAGUUAUGGGAAGCUUUCAAAAAGGCUUGAUUUCAGUCACGGCCUUGGCCAACCAAAUAAAUAUGCUUUUUAACUAUCAUCGAAUUGGCCGAAUUUACGAAGAUGUUGCAGAUCUGGAGAAGGAUAUAGAGAAGGCCUCGCAGUGUUACGGUGGACAAUAUCAACGAUAUAGCUUCCGUUUCCGGUUGCUAAUUACUGUCGGAGUGUGGCUAGUUCUGAUGGUGUUUUUAAUGCCUCGCUUUACCUACUCGGCCAUGGGUCACUACGUCAGCUGGCCCAAUAAAAUUAUCACCGAGUUCGUAAUAGUAAUGCUGCAGCUUAAGGCCAUGGAGUAUUGCGUAUUCGUCCUUCUGAUCCACGAGUUGAUCCUGCACCUGCGCCGCACUCUUCUUCAAUUGCAGGAAGAAUUGGAGGACUGCAACCAGAAGGAUAUGCUCCAAGCUCUCUGUGUGGCCCUGAAACGCAAUCAAUUGCUUCUGGGCCGCGUUUGGAAACUUCAGGGGGAGAUGUGCAGCUAUUUUACCCUACCCAUGAUGAUACUAUUCGUCUACAAUGGUCUGACCAUUCUGCACGUGGUCAACUGGGCUUACAUCAACACAUUCCUUCAAAACGAUUGCUGUCGUUAUGACCGAUUUGGCACUGUCCUUUUGCUGAUAUUAAACAUUCUGUUUGUCUGCCUUUUGAGUCAGCGAUGCAUAAAUUCAUACAAUAGCUUUCCGCGCAUCCUGCAUCAGAUUCGUUGUUUGUCUUCAUCUUCGGAUUUUCCCUUACUAACCAGGGGACUUCGGGAAUACUCUUUGCAGUUGCAACACCUGAAACUACUUUUCACAUGCGGCGCAUUCUUUGACAUUAAUUUAAAAUGCUUUGGAGGGAUGCUAGUUACCAUAAUGGGAUAUAUCAUAAUUCUACUGCAAUUUAAAGUCCAGGGAAUAGCAGAGACAAAUUAUAAGUCGGCCCGAAAUAUAAGUGUAUCACAAAUUCAAAAUUGA